CCGUCGCUCUCGCUCCCAUCCCGCCGUAUCCUCUCCCUCACUACCCGCCUUCACCUCUCCUAUUCACCUCACAGUCACUCAGUCCCACACCGCGAUCUCCUCUUCCUUACUUCCCCGUCGUCGCCUCUCCCUCCUCCCCGUCAUCGCCUCUCCCUCCUCCCCGUCGUCGCCUCUCCCUCCUCCCCGUCGUCGCAUCUCCCUCCUCCCCGUCGUCGCCUCUCCCUCCUCCCCGCCGUCGCCUCUCCCUCCUCCCCGCCGUCGCCUCUCCCUCCUCCCCGCCGUCGCCUCUCCCUCCUCCCCGCCGUCGCCUCUCCCUCCUUCCCGCCGUCGCCUCUCCCUCCUCCCCGUCGUCGCCUCUCCCUCCUCCCCGCCCUCGCCUCUCCUUCCUCCCCGCCGUCGCCUCUCCCUCCUCCCCGCCGUCGCCUCUCCCUCCUCCCCGCCGUCGCCUCUCUUAG